AUGCUGCUGUCUUUUGAAUGCAAUGCCAAUUACUCGAUCUGCGACACCAAUAAAUGUUUCCAUGAUCUGCUGAAAUGUGACGGAGAGAAGGACUGUAAGGAUGGGAGCGACGAGGCCUUCUGUCGUGAGCCCACGGAAAGAUGCGCGGCCGGAUACACUCAGUGCAGGACCGGAACUCGCUGCAUCCCGAACUCGUGGCGGUGCGACGGCGAGAAGGACUGCCCCAGCGGAGACGACGAAGAGAAUUGCAGCGACUGCGGAAGUCACUUCACCUGCGAAGAUUCCAAGAAGUGUAUUCCGACCUCGUGGAAAUGCGACGGCGUCGGCGACUGCAACGACGGAAGCGAUGAAUUUGGCUGCCCUAUAGUAACAGAUUUGACAUGUGAGGAAUUCACGUGCGACUCUGAGACAAGGUGCAUCUCCAACAACUGGAAAUGUGACGGAGACAUCGACUGUUUAGACGGCCGUGAUGAGGAGGGCUGCCCUGAGGUGCAAUCCUGUCAUGAAGAUGUUGGACAGCUAAGAUGUGACAACGGCACGACCUGUGUUGAUGCUGAGAAAGUCUGUGAUGGAAGCAGAGACUGUGAAGACGGUUUUGACGAAAGUCGCUUCUGUGAGAAGGCAUGCCAGCCAGGGAAGUGUAGCCACACCUGCGUGAAGAGCCCAAGCGGGGGGGUGUGUAGGUGUCCUGAAGGCCAAGUAAUUGACGACCUGGGAACAACUUGCCAAGUCGGAAUACCUCCCGCCUUCAUUCUUGUUGCUUCGUCAAACAAGGUGGAGGCUCUGUCUCUGGACGGCUCAACAAACUUCACAGUUUACGAAGGGAAGAAGAGGGAAAACGCCACGAUAGUUGCCGUGGCAUAUGAUCCUGUAACUGACACGGUGUUUUGGAGUGUGAACCAGAAUGGUGGUAUAUAUAAGAAACCCUUGAGGAGUCCAGGCGUCGCUACAUAUAUCAUUAAUACAGAUGGAAAAGCCGUGGAUGGCCUAGCCAUGGACUGGCUGGGAAGAAACCUGUACAUGGCGGACAGUGGUCGGAACCGCAUCACAGUGUGCGGCUUGAACAGCGUCUAUUGCAACACGCUCGUGGCGAAUGUGACGGCUGUGAGAGGCAUUCAAGUCGAUCCCGUCAACAGAAAGCUCAUAUGGUCCACAUGGCGAUCCUCCAAAAUCGAAAUCGCCAACAUGGAUGGGUCGAACCGCACCCUUCUCGUCCCAGACCUCCGUUGGCCUAAUGCAAUCGCCACAGAUCCAUCGAAAAGACGCCUCUAUUUCCUCGACGCCCAGACCGACACGGCUGAGGCGAUCAACUACGACGGAACGCAACGGAAGCAACUGGUAAACGCUAACCUGAAACACCCUUAUGCCAUGGCUUUGUGGGCGAAUAAACUAUACUACACAGAUUGGAUAAGUGACCAAGUGUGGACCUGCGAUAAGAAAGACUGCGGUAACCGGAAGCAGCUGACGAAAUGGCAACAGAGAACACCCUAUGGCAUUGUGCUGUACCAUCCCGAUAUGUUCUCUGAGGCUGAAAAUUCUUGCCAAGAACACACCUGUUGUAAACUCUGCCUGCUGUCUUCUUCAUCUGAAAACGGAUACAAAUGCCUGUUCGAUGACCCCCGUGUAUGUGGGGAGACGCGGAAAUCAAAAAAAUUGGUAGUUGCUUAAGAAUGGAAAAGUUCACCGUUGGGCCAGUGAAAUUAAUUUACUUGUUUCCCGUCAGCAUCCGCGUGUUAUAGUGGCACAGCUUCUAAUAUCUUCUUUUUUUUUCCGGAAAUGUUACUGUUUUGUGGGUAAAACAGCAAAAUUCUAACAAAAAUACUGUCAGUUGAAAAUACGCUUCAGUACAGUGUGUGUGUGUGUGUGUGUGUACACUAAGGUACUGAUUUGUUUAUGUAUACAGUAUAGAUAUAAUGUAUAAAUGUGUGCGUAUGUAUCUAUGUAUAUA